AUGUCACCGAUGCAGAGUUUGGGUCUGCUGUGUUUGUUCAUUGGUGUAUCAUAUGCGGCUGAGGUCUGUUUUGACCUGGGCUGCUUUGAUGACCUGCCUCCUUGGGGGGGUACUACCCAGAGACCUGUCACUGCCCUGCCUUGGAAACCUGAGGAGAUAGGCACCCGCUUCCUCCUCUUCACCCAGAAAAACCGCUACUACCAUGAGAUCAAGACUGACAAAAACAUCCACGCAUCAAACUACAAUGGGAUAAGAAAGACUCGGUUCAUCAUUCCUGGCUAUCUGGAGAAAGAAGAUGAGGACUGGCCACAGGAGAUGUGUAAGGUGAUGCUGAAGUUGGAGAAUGUGAACUGCAUUGCUGUGGAGUGGAAGAAAGGUGUAAAGACUCUGUACGCCCAGGCUGCCAACAAUGCCAGGGUGGUGGCUGCCCAGGUGGAAUCCAUGAUCACAUUUCUCAUGAGCAACUUCAAGCAGAAGGCUGAUAAGUUCCACAUUAUCGGACACAGCCUCGGUGCUCACGCUGCAGGACAGGUUGGUGGCAGGAUCAGCGGCCUUGCACGCAUCACAGGAUUGGACCCAGCUGAACCUUACUUCCAGGACACUGAUGCCUCUGUGCGUCUGGAUGCCAGUGACGCCAACUUUGUUGAUGUCAUUCAUACCGAUGGACUUCCUUUCGACUCUAAACUCGGUCUGGGGAUUUCACAGCCUAUGGGCCACAUUGAUUUCUACCCCAAUGGAGGGGAACUGAUGCCCGGCUGUUCCCGUAACAGAGGUCGUCCCUCUGACCUCGAUGCCUUCUGGCAGGGUACCAAGAAGUUUGAUGCCUGCAAUCACGCCCGAGCUCACCACUACUACAGCGAGAGCAUUAGGAAAUCCCAAGGCUUUGUAGGAUACCCCUGCUCUGACAAAGACAGUUUUGCAGAUGGAAAGUGUUUCCCAUGUACAGAUGACAAAUGUCCGAUGAUGGGACACCAUGCUGACAAGUUCACUUUGACUGAUGGCAUCUCAAAGACAAAGUACUUCCUCAACACAGGCAGUUCAGACCCUUUUGGCCGUUACACCUACAGAGUAAAGGUAACUUUGGAUGGUCCCAGCUGGCCUAACCCCGGUAGAAUAUAUGUCACACUUGCUGGAAACACUGAGACCACCAUGGAGUACCGGGUUCAUAUGGGCAUACUGUCUCCUGGAAGGGUGUACGAGAUGAUUAUCGACGCUGAGGUUGACGUGGGUGAGGUGACGGAGGUGAAGUUUCGGUGGAAUAACCACAUCUUCAAUCCCAUAAAACCUAAGUAUGGUGCAGCCAAGGUGGAGCUGCAGAGAGGAAAAGACAUGCAGCUCUCUGUUUUCUGCGGAAGAGGAAACGUGUGGGAGAAUGCAAUCCAGUCUGUGCUUCCAUGCCAAGCUUAA